AUGACAGCCUUGUCAGAUACAUCCUUCGCCAUGUUCCAUUCUCAACCUGACGCCGAGGACUAUGCUCGAUAUGCCGACUCCAGCGUCAUCUUCACUUCAGGCCCCAUGGACGUGAGCAUCCCAGCCGAUGCCUUUGGUUUCCAGCACCAGAACGCCAGCCCGGAUGCCUAUGCUUCUUCAAUGGGCUUUGUCGAGCCCUCUCUGUACGCCGAGGCACCAAACUACAUGCUCAACAGCCACGCGUCACCGAGCAUGUACACCGAUGAGUCCCCCGAUAUGAGACUGCCCUCAUCCAGUCUUUCAACUGCCUCGGCUCCAUCAACAGCUUCUUCAGCCAUUGGAUCUCCCCAAUCUCAUCACGGCCAAAUGGGUGCAAUGCCCGAGUGGGCUCCUCAGGGCCUCGGUCUCCAGCCUACAAUUGUGGGCAACGAUUACAUGGGAUCUGAUUUUGCAUCGUUCCCUGGUUCGGGAAUGGAGGAGCUUAGCUUCGACUUUCCCACGGCCAAGGCCUUUGUUGACCCUUCUCUCAUCCACCCAGAGCUUACUCGUCCUAUGGGCAUCCCCUCCUAUGACACCCACUAUCAACAACACAACCACCACACAUAUCCCGCAUCACCUUCUGCUUCUGUCUCUUCCUCUUCGCCCCAACCUCACAUGAUGAGGACCAAUAGUUCUUCACCAUUCCUCCAGGCCAGCAACUUCCAAUCCACAUUUCCCAGCAGCCCCUACUGUGCGCCAAUGGACAACCAAACCCACAUUCGCGCCCCAAGUAUCAGCCAAUUCGUUCCACCAACACCAGGCGAGUACAGCAGUGAUGAGUCCAAGGAGAAGCAGAGAUGUACUUGGCCUGAUUGUGGCAAGACCUUCAAGGAUCUCAAGGCUCACAUGCUCACUCAUCAGAAUGAGCGCCCCGAGAAGUGUCCGAUUCAGACUUGCGAGUACCACACUAAAGGUUUCGCUCGCAAGUAUGACAAGAACCGCCACACCCUCACACAUUACAAGGGCACAAUGGUCUGCGGUUUCUGCCCAGGCUCUGGAUCGGCUGCGGAGAAGUCUUUCAACCGCGCCGACGUCUUCAAGCGUCACUUGACUGCUGUCCACGGUGUUGAGCAGACACCUCCCAACAGCAGGAAGAAGUCUUCUGCCAAUGCCAACGCCACCAAGAAGCUGUCUGGCUAUGCCCCUGACGCUACUGGCAAGUGUAGCACUUGCUCCCAGACCUUCUCCAACGCCCAGGACUUCUACGAGCAUCUUGACGACUGUGUGCUUCGCAUUGUGCAGCAGGAAGACCCUUCCGAGGCCAUCAAUGCUAAGCGCCUCGCUGAGGUCGAGAACGAUAAGGAUGUUCACCAGACUCUUGAGAAGAACAACCUCCCUACCAUCACCGAUAUCAUCAUGACCAAGCACGAAGACGACGACAGUGGCGACGAGGAUGUUGAGAGCUCACCCAAGGGCAACACUUCCCCCUCUACCAAGAGAAAGGGCAACCCUGUCAACGGUGUCCAGAAGUCUCGAGGUGUUACUCACUCACGUGGCGGUGUUGCCUUGGGAACCAAGUCACGCAGUCGCAAGAACCGUCGCGAUUACCCUUCGUCAUGGGGAUUUGACAAGGGUCAGAUGACCAUGAAGAAGCGUGUCGUGGCUGUCUUCGAUGGCCCUCGACGCCUUGCCAAGGACGACAUGAUGCUCUCCACGGAUCACGAGGUCCGCAUCAAGCUGUCUGACGGCAAGUCCUAUGUUACCGACCUCGAUGUUCAGACUCUGAACCGAGCUGCCGGCUUCCACGGAGCUACUGAGGAGGAGAAGGGUCCUUGGAUCUCCGAUGACCCCACCCCCGAACAGCUCAAGGAGAUGCAGCAAAUGCUUGCAAACAACACCAGCACCACUCUGUAA